AUGCCACCUACUGUGCAGACGAAUGAGCCAGAGCGGGACAAGCGCCCGCAAAGGACUGGUGAAAGAAGGUCUGAAUUAGUGACGCGUGUUAAAUAUUGCAAUACGUUACCGGAUAUACCUUUCGACUUAAAAUUCAUCACAUACCCAUUUCCAUCUACAAGAUUCAUUCAGUAUAACCCUACUUCGUUGGAGAAGAACUAUAGAUAUGAGGUGCUAACUGAGCAUGAUCUUGGAGUGCAUAUAGAUUUAAUUAAUCGUGAUAUAUACCAAGGAGAUGGUAAUGCAACAUUAGAUGUUGCUGACGAAAAGCUUCUGGAAGAUGAUGUCCUUACUCCCCAAGAUUCUAAAAGAUCUCGUCAUCAUGCCAAAAAUGUGUCAUGGUUGCGUCGCUCCGAGUAUAUUUCAACUGAACAGACUCGAUUCCAGCCUCAAUCAAUGGAAAAGGUUGAAGCCAAAGUAGGUUACAAUGUCAAAAAGAUAUUCAGUGAGGAGACACUCUACAUGGAUAGAGAUAGUCAAAUUAAAGCUAUCGAGAAGACAUUUGAAGAUAACAAGAAGCCUAUAGAGAAGCAUUAUAGUAAACCUGGUGUAACACCAGUUGAAAUUAUGCCAGUAUUUCCAGAUUUCGAAAUGUGGAAGUACCCAUGUGCUCAAGUUAUAUUUGAUACUGAUCCUGCACCAGCUGAUAAGAAUAUUGCAGGGCAGAUUGAAGCCAUGUCUCAGGCUAUGAUUCGGGGUGUGAUGGACGAAAGCGGUGAACAAUUUGUGGCAUAUUGUCUUCCAACUGAAGAAACAAUCCAGAAACGUCGUCGUGAUGUUACAGAGGGCAUACCAUACAUGGAUGGUGACACUUAUGAAUAUAAAAUGGCUAGGGAAUACAACUGGAAUGUCAAAAGCAAGGCUUCUAAGGGCUAUGAAGAAAAUUACUUUUUGGUGGUUCGCAAUCACUGUGUAUAUUAUAAUGAAUUGGAGACGCGUGUACGUCUAUCCAAACGUCGCGCUCGAGCUGGUGCGGCCGCUCAGGCGCUUACUAGGCUGGUGGUCACUCAUCGCCCACUGAGCGCCGCGGAGCAUCGCAUGCUCAGGCUCAGGGAGAAGCAGUUGGAGCCUCCACAGGAUGAAGAUGAAGAGGAGGAGGAGGAAGAAGAAGAAGAAGAUGAAGAAGAGGAGAAGCAGGAGCAAAAUGAAGAGAAAGAAAGGUCCCGCUCUCGUUCAAAAUCAGGAUCCAAAUCUCCACAAGGCUCAGAAAGAUCGAAGGGCUCAAAUAGGUCUCGGUCUGGGUCCCGGGAGAAGUCGAGAUCUAGAUCCAAAUCCAAGUCAAAAUCUAGAAGUAGAUCGCGUUCCGGAUCCGGCUCAAGGAAAUCUAGAUCUAGAUCUGGUUCUGCACAAUCUGGAUCUGCCAGGUCAGGAUCAGCCAGGUCCCGCUCUGGAUCUAGAGCAUCUUCUAGAGCUUCGUCCAGAGCAAGCUCCAAGAGUGGAAAGGGAUCGAGGGCCAGUUCCGCCAGUGGACGUGGUUCUCGAGCCAGUUCAAAAGGCAGUGAUAAGGGCUCAAAAGCAAGUUCUCGCGCCUCCUCGCGGGCCAGCCGCAGAUCUUCUAGAGCAUCAUCACGCGCAUCUUCCAAGGCUUCUGGUUCCAAAGCUUCCUCCAGAGCAAGCUCCAGGAAAAAUUCUGGAUCUGGAAGUGGUUCAGAAAGGUCUCGUAGUGGUUCGGCUAGUGGAUCUAGACAGGGCUCUCGAAGUGGGUCUGCAUCCAGUGCUUCCUCGAAACACAGUGGCUCUGAUUAA